GUGCUUGCUCCGUGCUGAUCAAGGCAGUAGGAUCAAGGCCCUAUCGUGCUGAUAUUUGAUCGACCGCCGACAGACAGAUGCAGCAGUGAAAGGCCGCGCGGCCGGUCAGUGUUGGGUCAGUGCUGCGAGGCCUUGGCUGCGAGUAUACCCGGGAGCGGGGUGCACGGGUGUGGGGUGCUGCGGAGUGGUGGCGAACAGCGGACUGAAAGACCGGCGAGAGACAGUGGAGAGGCAACGGAUCGGUGGACGUACCUAGCCAUGGCUGAGACGGCGUCGACAGCCAGUGGCGACACACAGAACUCCUCAGCAGAAGACAGGCGCCAGCACACAGCGGAUCGAAACGAUCAGAGUCCCUCUGAGACCACCGACGACCCUUCUCAUAAGCUUCUCUACGGCGUAAAUGAUGUUCCUCCCUGGUACACGUGUCUGCUGCUUGGGUUACAGCAAUUCCUGACGAUGUUGAACGGCUCUGUGGCGAUGCCACUGAUGGUGACGCCGUUGACCUGCAUGGCAGACGACGACCCGGCGAGGGGUUACAUUAUCGACGCUACCCUCUUCGUGUCCGGCAUCACCACGCUGCUACAGGCCACCUUCGGCACCAGGCUGCCGAUCGUACAGGGUCCCAGCUGGACCUACCUCGCGCCCAUCGCCGCCGUCAUGCACCUGCCCGAGUGGAAGUGUCCCGAUGUCGACCUGCUGGCGAACAUGAGCUCCGAGGAGCGCAGCGGGCUGUGGCAGCCGAGGGUCAACGAACUGCUUGGGGCGCUGGCGGUGGCUUCGGUCAUACAACUGCUGCUCGGUGCUACCGGAGCCGUCGGCCUGCUGUUGCGCUUCAUUUCGCCCAUCACGGUCGUCUGUACCAUCACAGUGCUCGGCAUCGGUUUCUUCGAGUCGUUCCGUGGAAUGAUGUCUUCCCACUGGCCGGUGUCGUUACUAACAAUGUUUUUGGUGAUUUUAUUCAGCCAGUAUCUACGAGACGUGAAGAUACCAUUUCCAUAUUGCACAAGGACAAGUAAAGGAGUGAUACGUGUUCCCAUUUUCAAGCUUCUACCGGUGCUGCUGAGUAUAAUGAUUAGCUGGUCUCUGUGCGCCAUACUGACCCACGCAGACAUACUGCCGGUCGGUUCCGCGGCCAGAACAGACCACAAUCUCAACGCGCUGAGCGAGGCUGUUUGGCUGCAACUGCCGCUGAUCGGACGCUGGGGCGCCCCCACCGUCCACAUCGGACCCGUGCUGGGCAUGACUGCCGCCGUCCUGGCCUCCAUCGUCGAAUCCAUCGGAGACUACUACUCAUGCGCCAAAAUUUCCGGCGCGUCGGCGCCGCCCGUACAUGCUAUGAAUCGUGGCAUCGCCAUCGAGGGUCUGGGCGGCAUCCUCUCGGGACUGUUUGGAGCCGCCAACGCGUCCACCAGCUACAGCGGCAACAUUGGCAUCAUCGGCGUCACCAGGGUGGGCAGCCGCCGUGUGGUGCAGUUAUCCGCCAUCUUCAUGAUCCUGUUCGGCCUGGUGGGCAAAUUCGGCGCACUGUUCGUGUCGAUACCGGCGGCCAUUUACGGCGGCGCAUUUGUCGCCCUGUUCGCCAUGAUCGCAGGAAUUGGUCUAUCUCCACUGCAAUAUAUUGAUAUGAAUUCUCCAAGAAACAUGUAUGUGGUUGGAUUUUCCAUUCUCAUCGCAUUGGUUAUUCCUGGUUAUAUUGAAAAGAACCCAACGCUUCUGACCACGGGAAUACCGACGCUGGACCACAUGAGCUACGUGGUCCUAUCGACUGCAAUGUUCGUGGCUGGACUAAUAUCUGCCGUUCUUGAUAACACCAUUCCAGGUACUGAUAAGGAGCGCGGGGUGGACCGGUGGCGAGCCCUGACAGCGGGAGCCGCCGCGGGGGCCGACAGCGACCCCACCUACCGCCUGCCCUGGGGCAUGCACCUCCUCGAAAGAUGGCGGUGGACCCGCCUGCUGCCCUUCAGCCCCACCUUCGAGGGUUUCCCAGAGCUGGGAGACGCAACCUGCUGCCGACGGCCACGCUCCCGACAGUGCAGCGUCGAACUAAAGAAAGCUGCAGCGAUCAGCCCCGCCUAAAUGAGGGCGGAGAAGGUCACUACGUGACCCGUGGAGUCGUGGAGUGACAGCUUGUGAGAAAGGAGUGUCGGAAAAUGGUGGACGCGCCUUCAAUGCCGACUGUGAUCCUGCAAUGCCUGUCAGUGCCUUAGUAAGGGCAGGUAGUGCCGCAUGGAUGCCGUCAAGCCAGGCAGAUGGCCCCUGUUGGAUGCGUUGAGGAAUUAAAGACAUUUUUACAAUGGGUAUCGACCUUCCAGCAUGGAAUAUGCGUCUCAGAAAGGACACCGUAUAUGUUCCUAUUUGUCGUGUGCCGUAUAAUGUAUAGGACUACAUAGGUAUACUUGAAUGCCAGCUAUGUCAACGGCAAGGUUAUUGCCUCUUUAAUUGUUAAAUAUAGCUAUAAUGGCUAUUUUAUAUUUUGUUCGUUAUUUAUAUGUGCCUUGCAUCAAUUGAAAGGCGUAAAUGUAUUUAGGGAAAAGCAGAAAGUCAUGAUGCUUAGCUUCAAAAAAUGCCUUUCAUUUUUUUAGAGGGCGUUGGCCACUUUUCUACUUGAUCGCUCCAGAAGAUCGUUCCAUGAACAGUCGUAAGCCGGUAAUGGGCAAUCAACAGCUUGAUGACCGUAUGAAUGUUUUUCUUAUACAUAGAACAGACAGGAAACCAAUCGACCAGCUGUACAGUACAGUACGCAUGACCACCCUGUCUUCCAAGCCGUCCUUCUGUAUCGUUGCAUUUAGAAUAAGGGCUAAGAUUAUGGUCGUGGAAAGCAAGGUCUAGUAUGUAGAUUGAUCAAUAUACGACAUCGACAUCGUAACGAUUACGGGUCGUGUCUUUUCCUUUAGGAUACUGUAGCUGCGUUUAGCAGUGCUAAAAUGAGCGAAAAUGCC